GAAAAAAAACAAAAAGCAAGUGAUAGAGGGAAGUGUGAGGUGAAGCAGAGAUAUUUCUCCCCCUCCCCGAUCUCCAUUGCUCUCUCUCUCUCUCUCUCUCUCUCUCUAAGCCGUGUUUAGGGCAAUGGCGUUGACGUCGUCGUCCUCGUCCCCGUUCUCGGCUCGCACCAUCGCGUCCUGCAAUUUGAGCUCCAUUCCCCGAUCUCGCGAUCUCCGAUCGAGGAGCUUCGGGAGGUCCACGAUCUUCUUCAGCAAGAUCGGAGGCUUUCGCCGCGUCUCUAAGCCUCUGUAUGUGAAGAACGUCGCUAGCGAUCGAGAGAUUAAGGAUCCGAUCUCAGAGGAUGCUUCUCCAAACACACGAAGCUCUUCUGUAUAUGAUUCCUCGACAAUUGCAUCUAGUAUCAAGUAUCAUGCCGAGUUCACUCCCUCAUUCUCUCGGGAGUGUUUUGAGCUACCAAAAGCAUACUAUGCAACCGCCGAGAGUGUUCGAGAUGCCCUCAUAAUUAAUUGGAAUGCCACAUAUGAUUACUAUGACAAGAUGAACGCAAAGCAAGCUUAUUAUCUCUCAAUGGAAUUCCUACAGGGCAGAGCACUCUUAAAUGCUAUUGGUAAUCUAGAGCUAGCUGGAAAAUAUGCAGAGGCAUUAAAACAGCUCGGAUAUAACCUUGAGGAUGUUGCUAGUCAGGAGCCCGAUGCUGCUCUAGGAAAUGGUGGUUUAGGGCGUCUAGCUUCAUGCUUUUUGGAUUCUCUGGCAACAUUAAAUUAUCCAGCAUGGGGCUAUGGGCUUCGAUACAGGUAUGGUCUCUUCAAACAAAACAUCACAAAAGAUGGUCAGGAGGAAGUUGCAGAGAAUUGGCUUGAGAUGGGAAACCCUUGGGAAAUUGUAAGAAACGAUGUGACAUAUCCUGUAAAAUUCUAUGGAAAGGUUGUUGUUGGUUCUGAUGGGAAGAAGCACUGGAUUGGUGGGGAGAAUAUCAACGCAGUUGCAUAUGAUGUGCCAAUACCUGGUUACAAGACUAAAACUACUAUCAAUCUACGUCUUUGGUCAACAACAGUACCUUCGCGAGAAUUUGAUUUGGCAGCUUUUAAUGCUGGACAACAUGCUAAAGCAAUUGAGGCCCAGACAAAUGCUGAAAAGAUCUGCUAUAUAUUGUACCCCGGUGAUGAUUCACUGGAGGGGAAAAUUCUUCGCUUGAAGCAACAAUAUACACUAUGUUCGGCUUCUCUUCAAGAUAUUAUUGCUCGUUUUGAGAGGCGAUCUGGAAAUAAUGUAAACUGGAAAGAGUUUCCAUCAAAAGUUGCUGUGCAGAUGAACGACACUCACCCAACCCUAUGCAUUCCAGAGUUGAUGAGGAUACUUAUCGAUGUGAAGGGAUUGAGCUGGAAGGACGCAUGGAGUAUUACGCAAAGAACUAUGGCAUACACAAAUCAUACUGUUCUUCCUGAAGCUCUUGAGAAAUGGAGUUUGGAUAUCAUGCAAAAGCUGCUUCCUCGACAUGUUGAAAUCAUAGAGAUAAUUGAUGAAGAGUUGAUUGACAAUAUAAUAUCACAGUAUGGGACAGCGGAUCUUGUAAUAUUAGAGAAAAAAUUGAAAGAAAUGAGAAUCUUAGACAAUGUUGACCUUCCAGCUUCUGUUGCACAAUUGUUCGUCAAACCAAAAGAGGAUCCUAGUGUAAAACCUAAGAAAAAGUUAUCAGUUAAAUCCUUGGAAACUUCUGAUAUUGCUGUUGAGGAAAAAGUUGAAUCUGAAGAAGAUGAAAAAGAAGAUGAAAAAGAAGAAGAUGAAAAAGAAGAAAAUGAAAAAGAAAAAGAUGAAAUAGAGGAAGAUGAAAUAGAACAAGAUGAUUCAGAGGAAGAAGAAACUACGCCCUUAAAACCAGAUCCUAAAUUGCCAAAAGUAGUUCGUAUGGCCAAUCUGUGUGUUGUUGGUGGACAUGCGGUCAAUGGAGUGGCUGAGAUUCACAGUGAAAUCGUGAAAGAGGAGGUAUUCAACAGCUUCUACGAGUUGUGGCCUGAAAAAUUCCAAAACAAAACAAAUGGAGUGACUCCAAGACGCUGGAUCCGGUUUUGCAAUCCUGAGUUAAGUAAUAUCAUAACUAAAUGGAUCGGUAGUGAUGAUUGGGUCCUGAACACUGAGAAGCUUGCUGAUCUUAAGAAGUUUGCUGAUGAUGAAGAUCUCCACUUGGAGUGGAAGGCUGCUAAAAGAAGAAACAAACUGAAAGUUAUCUCCCUUAUCAAAGAGAAGACAGGUUAUACUGUCAGCCCAGAUGCGAUGUUUGAUGUACAGGUUAAGAGGAUUCAUGAAUAUAAACGUCAACUGUUAAAUGUACUUGGAAUUGUCUACCGCUAUAAGAAGAUGAAGGAAAUGAGUGCUGAAGAGAGGAUAGAAAGCUUUGUUCCCAGGGUCUGCAUAUUUGGGGGCAAAGCAUUUGCUACCUAUGUGCAGGCCAAGAGGAUAGUAAAGCUCAUCACAGAUGUUGGGGCCACUAUUAAUCACGAUCCUGACAUUGGGGAUCUAUUGAAGGUGGUUUUUGUUCCAGACUAUAAUGUGAGUGUUGCAGAGACUCUUAUUCCUGCCAGUGAAUUAUCUCAGCAUAUCAGUACUGCUGGGAUGGAAGCGAGUGGAACCAGCAACAUGAAAUUUUCUAUGAAUGGUUGUGUUCUCAUUGGAACUUUGGAUGGGGCGAACGUGGAAAUAAGGGAAGAGGUUGGCGAGGAGAACUUUUUCCUGUUUGGUGCUCGAGCUCAUGAAAUUGCUGGUUUAAGGAAAGAAAGAGCAGAGGGAAAGUUUGUGCCUGACCCACGGUUUGAAGAGGUGAAGAAAUUUGUCCUCAGUGGUGCCUUUGGGACUUACGAUUAUGAAGAAUUGAUGGGCUCCUUGGAGGGGAAUGAAGGAUUUGGGCGUGCAGAUUAUUUUCUUGUCGGCAAGGAUUUCCCCAGUUACCUUGAAUGCCAAGAGAAAGUUGAUGAAGCAUAUCGAGACCAGAAAAGAUGGAUGAAAAUGUCAAUCUUGAAUACAGCUGGCUCUUACAAAUUCAGCAGCGAUAGGACAAUACGUGAGUACGCGAAGGAUAUCUGGGAUAUCGAGCCUGUUGUUCUUCCAUGAAGGAAUCAAAUAAGAGUACAUUUCAAUCCGUGAGGUAACUGCUCUGCUACUGAGUAAGCAGAAACCUCUUCCAGUUGGUUGAUAGAACGAUAGCUGUGAUCCCUAAAUAAGCAGCUUAAGCAUGCAAUAAACUUCUCAGAUGAUGAGGCUAGAACUUAUCCGGUGAUAGUAAGAGUGAAGCUUCUCAGAAGAAACUAAUGCACUAAUGCGGUAAAUUAGUUGCCAUCAUUGCAGUACUCAUUUUAUUAUUCUAGCAGCUAGUGUAUAUUCGGUAUGUUCUUGUUAUAUAUAGACACCGUUUGCACAACUCGAUGCUCUCAUUAUCUACUGUGUGCUGAUUACUCGCUGUGUUAGGAUUGCUAGAGGUUUCUUUCCUAGCUAGUUAGCCUUUUAUUUAUGUAAAAUGGUAAUGCUUUACAUACCACAGAAGGAACCUCAAAAUGCAGCUAGUUCUGGGCUUUGCUUUUCAAA